AUGAUCAAAAACCGCAAUGUCAUACUUGCUUGUGCUUCGGUUUGUAUGAUUGCCAUGUCAGAUUCAACUUACAGGACGUUGGCAUCCAGUUUCCUGCAGGUGGCUGGAGGUUAUUCUCCCGGACAUGCAGUCCGCAUAGAUAACUCUCGAAGAGUUGCCCUCAAUCUUGGUGGUCUCGUUAUUGGCUUUGCUAUUAGAUUCGUCAAACAUACUAAGCCUUUUAUCAUUCUUGGGUUUUUAAUGGUCACUCUGGCUAACGGACUACCCAUCUAUUUUACCAACAUCGAUGGAGCUCGAGUAGCCAAUGAAGCAGCUCUUACAACUGGACAAGUGUUGCUCGGCCUAGGUCGAGGUUUUGCGCAGGUGCCGCUUCAAGUCUCUUUACAAGCUGCUGUUCCAAAUCACGAGAUUGGUAUCGCAACAGCCAUGUUUCUGUCCUCGUCUGUGUUCGGUGCCAAUGUUGGCAAUAGGCAGGCUACUCUAUCUCACCCUCUCACAUCAAAGGCUAACCUGGUUCUCAGUGUCAGUGGAGCUCUUUGGAAUACCUUUCUACCACGACGGCUUUUGAGUAAUCUCCCAGAAAGUGACAAAGCCAAUAGUACCGCUAUUUUCCGUUCGAUAGUGACGGCACAGAGCUACAAACUUGGCACGCCAACUAGAGAUGCGAUCAAUCUUAGUUACCGCUCUACGCAGCAAACACUAGCCAUUGGGUCCCUUUCACUUUCUAUUCCUCUGCUUCUGAUGAUGUUUUUCUUUCAAAACGUCAAGCUCGAAAACGAAGAUCAAAAACGGAACCUGCUCGCUGAGGAGCAGCUUGCCGCAGCUGGACAAAAGAUUACUCGAGAGGCGGAUAAUCCGGAAAAGAAUUGA